AUGUUCAAACGCUCCUUCAUAUCCAAGGACCGGGCGGGGAAGACCGUCAGGGUUGCUAAGAAGAAGUACGACGAUUUGAUAAAGCUCAAAAUGAAACAGAAAGCGGAAAGCCCCUCGAUCGCAAGCCCUCUAACUAGCCCCAUAAUUUCCAUGAUUGUGGGCCGGGAUCAGAGUGUUUUUGCCGCACAUGAGGAUAUACUUUCUGUGUCGCCGUAUUUUAGUGCCGCUAUCAAGGAGCAAUUCCAGGAGAAUGGCGAGAAGCAACUGACGUUGCCUGAAGAAGAACCCGAGGUCCUGUCUUGCGUCCUCGAGUUUCUAUACAAGGGCGAAUACUUCCCUCGAUUGCUGCAUGGAAAGCAUCGAAACUCGUGGUCUCUCGAGGAUGCACAGGACACCACCCAAUCUGGUGGUCGCGGAUCGAGUGAAGCAACAAUCUUCCAUUCCGAAAUUGGAGACCUUGUUCUUCGGGACACUGUGAUUUACUGUGCUGCUGAGAAAUACGGCUUGGAAGACCUGAAGCGACUUGCUCUCCGGAAGCAGGGUCUGCAGAGUGGUAUUCCGGCCGAUGUGAUCUUGCGAUCUGCUCGUUACGCAUAUGAUCAUACUCCCGAGACUGACUCUCGACUGCGUGCCCAUUAUCUGGCCGUGAUCAUCCGAAGCCGGAAAAUCUUCAAACAAAGCGGCACACUGGAAAUGGAGAUGGAGGAAGGGGGCAAAUUGUUCUUCGACUUGUUCGUGGCUAUGUGUAACCACAUAGAUGACAUCUCCGAGCGGUACGUUUCGUUUCCCUCUUCGCGGUUUUCAUUGCUCUUGCUACCCCCCUUGAACGUUACUUAAUAGCAAUGCGCUUGACCCCGUGAGUCAACACAGCGCUGAUUCUCGUCUCUAC